AUGUCUAUUACAAAUCAAUGCAUCCUUGCAAUCGGAAAGACAGGAACUGGAAAAAGUUUUACGGGAAAAGCUUUUGGUGCACAAAAUAUUAUAAUUGGACCUUCAGCUGAUUCAAAAGUAAAUGAAGUUACGGUUCAUGAUAUUGGAAAUGGGAGCUUUUAUAUUGAUACCCCUGGAUUCGAUGAUUCCGAUAAAGAUGAUGAAACUAAACGUUUAAUUCUUCGUACAAUAUUUGAUAAAGAUAUUCCUAAUAUAACAACAAUCUUAUGGUUUACCGAUCCUAACAACGGAGCAACAGUUUCGUGGGAACGUGAAGCAAAAUUUAUAGAGUCAUUAGCAGAUAACUUCACCGGAAACGUGUGGGACAAUACGAUUAUUGUCACAAAAGGAGACAAAAUUGAAAAUGGCCCUCGUGAAGCAGCCAAAAAAGUGGCUAUAGAAAAGUAUGAAGAAAAACAUAAAGAACCAUUAAAUGGCGAACAUGACCUGCUUGCAAAAACUGGUGAUUUUGCAAUUCAAUUAUUUGAAAGCUUACCAACAGACAGUGAUAUCAGUGAGACAGACUUAUCAAGCGAUGAGUUAAACGAACGUCAUAUUUUUAAAGAAUCCGAACCAGAAAGAAUUCUUGUAGGGUAUAAAUCACUAAUGGAAGAACACCCUAGCCAUCCUAUAAAAUUAAAUUUUAUAAAAGCCCGAUGCUCAAAAUGUCCCGAAUAUACUGAUCCAAGGCUGGCAGUGCCAGAAUGCCAUACGGAAGCUGAGUUUUCUCAUGGAGAAACAGAAAAUACUCACCGCGGGGAAAUCAUACAUGAACACUCAGAUAAUCUUCAAGAUUAUCAUUCUGGUUCGUUAAAAGCUUAUCACCCGGAUUCAUGUACUAGUGUUCAUCCCGGUAAACUUCAUGAUGAUAAAUUGGAUCGUAGUUUUGGUGCUUGGGCAGUUCGUCUUUUAACUUUUGGAGGUGUUAGUUGGAAGAUUUCUGGAUUCUGGGAUUGUUGUCAAAACAAAUUAAAUUCAGAAGGGUGUAAGAAAGUUUAUCCUUGCUGCAAAAACGAUAACGAAGGUUGUUGCCAGAAGUAUAGUUGCUGUGAUAAUGGUCCCAAUAAUAGUGGAUGCCAGAAAAAAUAUGGAUGUUGCAAUCAAUCUGACACAAGUGAAGGAUGUCAAAGUAUAUAUAAUCUCUGUAAACAUAAUGUCGAUGAAAGUCCUUGUAGUAUGAUUUGUAAAGAAUGUGGGAAAGAUUCGAAUACAGAAGGUUGCAAACAACAAUGCAAAAAUUGUAAAAAUGCACAAACUGAGAAUGGGUGUAUUAUUACAUCACACGCUUUUCUUCCUAAUUAG